ACCCAUUCAGUGCUCGCAAAGUCGUUUGACAGCAUUUGAAGCAUCGGUGCAGCGACCGAAGCUGGCUGUCACGGUCCGAGAGCCUGAACGUCUCAUUUAUCCUGGCAAAAAGCGACACGAUGCCCUCACAAUAUGUCGCGGCACUCGUUCCUCAGAUCAAUGGGAUCUUGAGAAGCAGCGAUCUCAGCACAAUCUCCGCCAAGGGCGUACGAAAGCAGCUCAUCGCCAGUGGACAUGAAGAGAGCGUGAUAAAGGAGAACAGGACGGCGAUUGAUGAAAAGAUCGCAGAGAUCUAUGAAAAGCUCAUAGCCAACCACGAGCCUGGUUCACCCGAUGGUCCGUCCGCUUCAGGAUCUAGGCCCGAUCCUUCUGCUUCCGCAGGUCCACCCUCAUCGUUUCCGGAACCGCUUCGCAAAGCACCCAAAGUAAAGAGAGAAGUGGAACACGAGGUGAAAGAAGAGACGUAUGCGCCUGUGAGGCGGCUAGAGGAAACGGAUGAGCAGAUGGCAGCGAGAUUACAAGCUCAAUUCGAUGCGGAGGGAAGCUCGAGCCGAGCCAGUAGGAGUGCCGGAGCGCUGAGGAAGAAGAGCCGGAAAGUCGUCAAGAGGAAGAAGGGUACCGGUGACGGAGACAGUGACGAUGCUAAGCCGAAGAAAAAGAGGGCGGGUGGUGGUGGAGGUGCCUUCAACAAGGAACUCGUAUUGAGUGAUGCACUUGCAGACUUUACUGGUGAAGCUCGACUCUCAAGACCGCAAGUAGUCAAGCGGAUCUGGGAAUACGUCAAGCUCCAUGAUUUGCAAGAUCCAGCAGAUAAACGGUUUAUCAUCUGCGAUGACGCUCUCAAGACGGUAUUCAACACGGACAAGGUGCACAUGUUCACGAUGAACAAGAUACUGGCUGAUCAUGUGCGGGAUCCUGCAGAAGUCGCUUUCAAGGACGAGCCUGGGCAAAAUGGACCUCGACAGGAACACGAGCCCCCUGUACUGGUGACGUCCUCUCAGACUGCACCGGUCAAAGCCGAACCAGCUGCACCUGCACAGUAUAACUCAGCGGACAUGUCGACUGACUCGGAGCCUGAGCUUGAGAGCGAGGACGAUGAGGAUUACUGAGGGCAAUUGAUUAUCUUGAUGCGUCUCAAAGAUGCGUCUGUAAAAUAUUGUAGGACAAGUCGGUAGCCAUCUUCUGCGGGGACAAACAGGAACUAUACAUG